AUGAGGAAGGCGGUGAUCUAUGAAUGCUCCACACAUGUGCACACACCGGGUGCUGCUCUGGGGUGGUGUCGACGGCGAAGGACGAGAGCCACAUGCGUCCGGGUCGGCAAGUGCGCAAAUGCAGCGAUGAUACGCAAGCAAACCGUUGAAGCUCAACGUGGUGUUCGUCACAUUAAAUACACCAUUUGUACGUGGACCACUCGACUGUUCCCCCAGACAAGAUCGUUCAAUAGAACAAAGACGAUGAGCAAGCCAACCGAGAAGAAGACGAACAAGCCGGCAGCGGGCAAGGCAGCGGCCCCCGCGACAAACGAGAAGGCGCCGGUGCUUGUGGUGGUGACAGAGGAGGACGACGAGUUUGAGGAGUUCGAAGACGCAGACUGGAACGGGCAGGCGGAGGAGAAGGACGCACAUAUCAAGCAGCAGUGGCAGGACGACUGGGAUGUCGACGAGGCUGACGACGAAUUCUGCAACCAACUGCGAAAGGAGCUGCAAAAGACCAAGUGA